AGUUGCAAGGCACUUCUUGGAGUCGCACGUCUCUGUUGGAUGGGAGGUGCUGCGCGUGCAGGAACACAGGACCCAUGGCAACAAUCAUGGCAGAAGCUGAGACGCGCCAGAAGCUGCUGCGCACUGUCAAGAAAGAGGUGAAGCAGAUUAUGGAGGAAGCAGUCACCAGGAAAUUUGUUCAUGAAGACAGCAGCCAUAUUGUUUCCCUUUGUGCUGCGGUGGAGGCAUGUGUUUUGCACGGGCUGAAACGUCGAGCGGCAGGCUUUCUCCGAAGCAACAAAAUCGCCGCCCUGUUCAUGAAGGUGGGCAAGAGCUUUCCCCCCGCUGAGGAACUGUGCAAGAAGGCCCAAGAGCUGGAGCAGAUUAUCGGGACUAAACGAAGCCAAAGUUUGCAAAGCCAGGACAGCCUGCGCAGAAUGCCUCGGCUUCCCAGCCUCACUCCAAAGGCCAUUAAGAACCUAUGGAUUCGGACGGCUCUUUUCGAGAAGGUCCUAGACAAGAUUGUCCUCUUCUUGGUGGAAAACAGCAGUAAAUAUUAUGAGAAAGAGGCUGUUCUAAUGGACCCUGUCGAUGGACCUAUCCUUGCUUCUUUGCUGGUGGGACCUUGCGCUUUGGAGUAUACAAAAAUGAAGACCGCCGACCACUUUUGGACCGACCCCUCGGCUGACGAGUUGGUGCAAAGGCAUCGCAUCCACAGUGGUCACUGCAGGCAGGACUCGCCCACCAAAAGGCCUGCGUUGUGUAUCCAAAAGCGUCAUUCCAGCAGCAGCAUGGACGAGCGCCCCUCUCCGUCGCCAUCAGCACGCGACUACGUGGAGUCACUGCAUCAAAACAACAGGGCCACGCUGCUGUUUGGCAAAAACAAUGUGCUCGUUCAGCCUCGGGACGACAUGGAGGCUAUCCCGGGUUACCUUUCCCUUCACCAGACGGCUGACCUCAUGACAUUGAAGUGGACCCCCAAUCAACUUAUGAACGGCUCCGUCGGUGACUUGGACUAUGAACGAAGUGUGUACUGGGACUACGCCAUGACAAUCCCUCUUGAAGAGAUUGUGUACUUGCACUGUCAUCAGCAAGUUGACAGUGGGGGCACGGUGGUGCUGGUCAGUCAGGAUGGCAUCCAAAGGCCUCCCCUUCGCUUCCCUAAAGGAGGUCACCUGCUUCAGUUUCUCUCCUGCCUGGAAAAUGGUCUGCUUCCGCACGGUCAGCUGGAUCCUCCUCUCUGGUCUCAGAGGGGAAAGGGGAAGGUAUUCCCGAAGCUGAAGAAGAGAGUUCCUCAGGGAUCUGGAUCAACAGACUCCGUCUCAGAUAAGGAGGAGGAAGAGGCAACAGACUAUGUCUUCCGCAUCCUCUUUCCAAAUAGCCUGUCAGACUUUGUGACUCCACCAGAUUUGAUGGACCAGAGCUCUGCAAUGUGGCAUCCCAGUCUCAGGAAGUCUUCAUGCUCAUCCUGCUCCCAGGGCAGCUUUUCUGAUGGGUCCACGCCCAAAGGGUGCAACCAAGAGAGGACUCCUCUGAAGCUGCUAUGUGACAACAUGAAGUAUCAGAUCAUCUCGAGGGCAUUUUAUGGCUGGUUGGCGUAUUGCCGUCACCUGUCCACCGUGCGCACUCACCUCUCGGCUCUCGUCAAUCACACCAUUGUGUCGCCUGACGUGCCGUGCGACGCAUACCAAGGACUCACUGCAGAUGUGUGGCAGAUGUUCCUGCAAGACUGUAAUACCUACAAGGAGCAAGAGCUGCUUCGUUUGGUCUAUUUCGGCGGUGUGGAGCCAUCUUUACGCAAGCAAGUGUGGCCGUUCCUCUUGGGGCAUUACCAAUUUGGGAUGUCUGAAACAGAAAGGAAAGAGGUGGACGAGCAGGUGCGCUUGCGCUACCAGCAGACCAUGCGUGAAUGGCUCGGCUGCGAGGAGAUCGUUCGGCAGCGGGAGAAGGAACAACACGCUGCAGCUUUAGCUAAGUGCUCUUCAGGGGCGAGCAUGGACAGCACCAGUUCAAAGAUGGUUCAUCAUGACUCAACCGUCAGUAAUGAGUCACGGUCCUCCCAGAGUUCAGACAGACAAAGUCUGGCUCGUCUGCAGAGUGACUCCAGCAGCAGCACACAGUUCUUCACAUCAUCCCAUCCCUUCCUCUGGAGUAGUCGGCUUCCCUUUGGCUUGUUGUUGCAGGUGUUUGAGUCUGUAGAAGAGGUGGAGCAGAUUGAGACAGAAUCCAAGAGCGAAGAAGCCAAGCAGGUGCCAAAGAUGACCAGUGGGACAGCUCAGAACGGCCCAAGUUCUCCUGACUCUGGGCAUCCCUCUUCCCGCAACUUCUCGGUUACAUCCGGCCUGUCGGACGGCUCGCUCAGCACAGAGGACAGCGCCGCACCCGAGGCUGCACCAAGAGCUUCGGCCAAACCUCCUCAGGAUGCAGGUCUAACAGAGCAAGACAAACGUGAGAAACCCAAUGUGACCAAGACUGAAGUGCAAGAUGACCCGGAAGAGUCCAUCAAGUCAGCAGAUCCCAAAGUAGAGGAGGCUCAGCAUGGAGGUGGUUCCUCAGUGGAGACUGAAGGAAGCAAAGAGCCUGUCAAAGAUAGUAUGUUGACACCAGGAACAUGUACCGAAUCCCAAGAUCACGCUGAAGAAAGACUGAAAAACAAAGACGCAACAAAAACUCCAGGAGAGCGUCAAACUGAAUGGAUCAAAGUGGAAGAGAAAUCCAGCCAAGGUGAGACAUCCCAAGAAGCGGGAGGAGAUGCUGCCGUCCCAAAUCCCAAAACACUUGACAAGAAACUAUCUUUACCAGCAGACGCUCGGGUGUCAAGAGCGAGAGAAGCCUACUGUGCCUCUCAGAAGGCCGAAGCGCAGGUCCUGACUGAGUCUGACGAGUCUCCCUCAGCCAUAGAGAUGGAGGAGAUUCCCAAAGCCAAUGUCUCCAUGGCGCCCUGGAGCAGGAAGGCCCACUGUGAGCCCUUGUCCUCCUCCGAAGACUUGGAUCUGAGACCUGAGGGUGGGCAGGAAAGGCCCAGUCCAGAAGGCACUGAGUCCAUAUUGUCUGAGGAGCCAGAGAUGGAGAGCCUCUACCCUCACUUUGAGUCUCUGGAUGGCUGUGCAGACAGCGCAGAAGCCAGCUCGCAAGCAUCUGCAGGAGGCGCCUUCUCACAAGAGCUUUUAGACUUGUACACGUUGAAUUUGCACCGCAUUGAAAAGGAUGUACAGCGCUGUGACAGGAACUACUGGUACUUCACUCCUGCAAACCUGGAAAAGCUCCGUAACAUCAUGUGCAGCUAUAUCUGGAGGCACCUCGACAUCGGAUACGUUCAGGGGAUGUGUGAUCUGCUGGCUCCGCUUCUCGUCAUUCUGGAUGAUGAGGCUUUGGCCUUUAGCUGUUUCACGGAGCUCAUGAAGAGGAUGAAUCAAAACUUUCCACAUGGAGGGGCGAUGGAUACGCACUUUGCCAACAUGCGCUCUCUGAUCCAAAUUCUGGAUUCAGAGCUAUUUGAGCUGAUGCACCAAAACGGAGACUACACUCACUUCUACUUCUGCUACCGCUGGUUCCUCUUAGACUUCAAACGAGAGCUGGUCUACGACGAUGUCUUUGCAGUCUGGGAAACCAUCUGGGCGGCCAAAUUUGCCUCCUCUAGUCAUUUUGUCCUCUUCAUUGCCUUGGCCCUGGUAGAGAUCUACAGGGACAUCAUUCUGGAAAACAAUAUGGACUUCACUGAAAUUAUUAAAUUCUUUAACGAGAUGGCCGAACAUCACGAUAUCAAGCAGAUUUUGACCUUGGCAAGAGAUCUUGUUUACAAGGUGCAGAUGCUGAUCGAGAACAAGUGAUAGUCACGUGUGUCUUAUUUUUCCUUCCAAUCAAGUGUAAUCAUUUGUAGCAGCAUUACAUGCACGCACACAAACACACACACACACACACACACACACACACA